UAACAGGAAAACCUGCACUGAAAACAGGUAGGAAAAGAAAACCACGAGGGUGUGCCCUUCAAUAAAAAAGUCCUAUCUUGUUAAAGCAACGCACACAUCUCCCCGCGCUCAUCAGUUCCUCCACACUGCAACCUCGCACGUCUUCAUCAUGGCUGUGACCAAUCAACCAGGCAGAUAUCCUGCUUCCGACUUCCAGACCGGCUUGUGCGACUUCUGCGACGAUUGGGGAACUUGCUGCUACGGCCUGUGGUGCUUCCCGUGCCUGAGCUGCACCAUCGCCAGCAACAUGGACGAGUGCUGCCUGUGCGGCCUAAGCAUGGCCAUCCGCAGCGUCUACCGGACCCGAUACAACAUCAACGGUUCCCUGUGUAGCGACUUCAUGGCCAACAUGUGCUGCCUGGUGUGCGCCACCUGCCAGCUGAAGAGGGACAUCGACCGGAGAAAGGACCAAGGCAUCUUCUGAAAAGGAGCGCUUCGACGCGAACCCUCCUGACCCCGGGUUUAUCUUCUCUGAGAAGCAGUGGAUAUUGAUGUAUCAUCUAUACGAUUGAUAAUAUUGGUGGUAUUAAAAUAAAGGACCAAUUGUCUUCAA